AAAAAAAAUUAAAAAUAAAUAAAUAAAACAUUAAAAAAUAAAAAUAAAGCAUCUACGUGUCUCAAAUUAUUAAUAAAUAUUAUAAAUAAUUGCUGUACUAAUUCCUAAAAAAUAUAAGCUGUGUCAGUGUCUCAUGAAAUUCUGUGGGAUUCAGUUUUCUCAUUUGUAAAAAGAAAAGAAAAAAAAAAGUACCUGAUGUGGAAUUGUGAAAAUUAACAAACAGAAUGCUUUCUAGUACAUACGCAGGAUCCAAUAAGGUGUCUAUUCAUUUUUUGGCUCCCUCUCACUGUGACCAAAAUAAAUGAUCUUAAGAAUACCUAUUAGCUUUCUUUCAACAUUAGUACCUUCGUUUUGUUUUAAGAAAUAAAAUAACUUCAUUAAAGAAUUUCAAUUUUCUUUAAAUUUUAGCUGAUUGUAAAAUAAAUUAAUUUUUUUUGCAUAGGUACCUAGUCUUUUUUUUUUUUUUAUUUUUUCUGCAGUAAUUCUGUUUCAUUGAAGUUAAAUAUUCAUUUGAGAUGUUGGCCCAGCUUUAAAAGUUAUUAUUCACAGUGAUACAGUACAAGAAGUACAAUCAUGGGAUUUCUUAGCAAUGGUGUAGAGGGAUACAAAUGAAAGAUCUCCCACUCUGGGCCCAUGUUCUCAGCCUGAAAAAACCACAAGCCACAGGAAGUAAUGUGGUUCAAGCAUACUGGUACAGAAAGAUUAAACAACAGGCAUUGAGCCCUACAGGAGUCUGUGAGCAAGAAGAGCCUCAGUUGUCAGGAAAGGAAGAAGCCAGGGGAGCACUGCAAUGCAUUUUCUAGCACAGGUAAACUUUAAGAGGGAGUUGACCUACCCCAUCUGCCUGGAGCUUCUGACAGAGCCCCUGAGCCUGGACUGUGGCCACACCUUCUGCUGAGAUUGCAUCACUGCAAAGAACAGGGACUCCCAAGGAGGGGAGAGCAACUGUCCUGUGUGCCAGUGCAAAUAUCAGCUUCAGAAUCUCUGACCUAACCACCCUCUGGCCGGCAUUGUGGAGAGAGUCAGGGAAAAUAGGAGCCCACAGAAGAAAAAGUUCUGUGAGAAUCAUGGAAAAACACUCUGUGUCUUCUGUAAGGAGCAUGGGAAGGCUGGUUGCCAGCACACUGCAGUGUCUCAGGAGUAUCACGGUCAUCAUAUAUUCCUCACAGAGAAGGUGGUCAAGGAAUGUCAGGAGAAACUCCAGGCAACUCUGAAGAAGCUGAGGAAGGAGCAGCAGAAAGUAGAAGAGCUUGAAGUUGACAUCAGAGAGGAGAGAGAUUCCUGGAAGAAUCAUAUGCAGACUGAGAGACAAAGGAUUCUGAAAGAGUUUAAUGAAAUGAAAGGCCUCCUGGACAGCAAGGAGAAGAGGGUGUUGCAAAAGCUGGAGGAAGACAAAGUAAAUGUGUUGGAUAACUUGGUAGUGGCCAGAGACCAGCUGGACUGGCAGAGGCAGUACUUGAGAGGGCUCAUCUCACACAUUGAGCAUCAGAUAUGGGGGUCCUCAGAAGACAUGAUGCAGGAUUUGAUUAAUGUCAUGAGAAAGAGUGAGAGCUGGAUUUUGAAGAGGCCAAACAUUGUUUCCAAGAAACCGAAGAGUACAUACCAAAUUCCAGAUCUGAAAGGGACGCUGCAAGUGUUUAAAGUGGACGUGAUGCUGAAGCCAGUCAAUGCUAUUUUGAAUAUUACCAUUUCUGCAGAUAAAAGACAGGUAAAAGGCAUACAAGAUUUCUCUCUUCAAAAUAUACAUCUAUGUAGUUUCUCUCUUUUUGAUGUCUUGGGUUGCCAGCAUUUCUCCUAAGGGAAGUAUUACUGGGAAGUAGAUGUGUCUGAGAAGAUCGCCUGGAUCCUGGGGGUGCACAGUAAAGCAAGAAGCCCCAAGAGAAAGGAGAGUUCUGGGUUUGUUUUUGAUCCGAAUGUAUAUCUUCCAGAUGUUUACUCCAGAUACAACCCUCAAUUUGGCUACUGGGUUAUUGGGUUACAGAAUGAAUCUGGUUAUAAGGUUUUUGAGGAGUCUUCCACCUUUGAUCCCAAGGUCUUGACUCUUUGCAUGACUGUCCCUCCCCGUAUUGGGGUUUUCCUAGACUAUGAAGCAGGCAUUGUCUCAUUUUUCAAUAUCGCAAACCAUGGGUCACUCAUCUACGAGUUUUCUAGAUGUCAGUUUUUUCAGACUACUUAUCCAUAUUUUAAUCCUUGGAAUUGUCCAGUCUCCAUCAUCCUGUGCCCACCAAGCUCCUGAACCUCUUGGCACCCCCCUCACUUUUGUGUAGUGCUCCUUGUCCUUGGGGCUCAUCUCCUACACCUGAGCUCAUAUGCACCAUUCUGAAACCUUUUCCUUCUUUUCUCCAUCUUUUAUUUUAGAAUGUCUUUGGAAGAGUCUGCUAGCACUGCUGUAACAAAUUACCACAGAGUGGGUGGCUUAAACAACAGAAAUUUCUUGUCUCACAGUUGUGGAGGCUGGAAGUCUAACACCAAGGUGUCAGCAAAGUUGGCUUUUUUCUGAGGGCUCUGAGGGAAGGGUCUGUUCCUUGCAUUGUAGGUGGCUGUCUUCUCUCUGUGUCUAUUCAUAUCACCUUCCCACCGUUGCAUGCCUCUGUGUCUAAAUCUCCCCUUUUCUAAGGACACUAAUCAGAUUGGAGCAGGGCCCAUCCUAAUUACAUCAUUUGACUUAAUCACCCCUGUAAAGACCCUCUCUCCAAAAGAUCACACUCUGAAAUAUUGGGGGUUAGGAUUGUAACAUAUGAACUUAAGGGGAACACAAGUCAACUCAACAGUCUUUUGCAUGUCUUUGCCAUGCAGCGAAAGCUUUAACCUUUUUCUACAUAAUAUUUUGUUCUCACUAGGAAAUAAUAUUUUUUUUUCUUAUUCGUUUUUGUUUAUUAUGAGGAGAGGAUGCUUAUUUGCAAAGGGAACACAUGUAAUCCUUUCUGUAGAAAGACCAGUAUUGCUGUACCACAUCUGACAUCUCUUUUCCUCAUUCCCUCUGCUGUUUAAUGGAAUUAACAAGGAAAACUUAUCAAUUCUACCCCUAUACAUAGGACUUAGGACAGUGCAUAGGAAUCUGUAAUUUGGUAGUGAAUCCUUCAGAGUGUGUUGCUUUACAAUGGCACCCCUUUAUAUGACGGAGUUAAAGCAGAAGUGCACAAAUAAAAUAUUUACCAAGAGUGGAUUUUUGGUGCUCAGAGUUUCUGAGGUCAAAUCUCAUGUCUUACAAGUUGUGUAAACUUGAACAAGUUACUUAGCACCUCUUGGUCUCAUUUUCCUAAAAUAAAAAAUUCAUGUUAAAGAUUGUACCUACUUCCUAGGGUCACUUUGAGAAACCAAAUUUUAUUAGAUGUGAAGCACUUAUCUAAGAGUCUUACAUGAAAGAGUAAACAUUUGUUAUUGCUGAAAAAAUAUAAGCUGUAUUAAUGAGGAACAAUUUUUUGUUUUGUUCUGGUUUGGUUUUGCUUUAAUAAAAUGAUAAUUGGCUCACUGAA